UCAAAACAAAUUUCAUUUAUGCUUCCAUCGUUAUAUUGUGCCUUGAUUUCCAAAAAAUAUAGAAGAUCAAAUAUUCAACUGCAAAUCGGAAACCAAGCGUGAAAAUCAGCAAUCCGGUUGUUUGUUUGAACAAGAAAUGAUUAUUGCUAUUGAAGGAUGUGCCCAUGGUGAACUCGAUCAAAUUUACCGUUCAGUAGAAAAUUUGUCAAGGCAAAGAAACGUUAAAGUUGAUUUACUAAUAUGUUGCGGAGAUUUUCAAGCCGUUCGAAACGAAAGCGAUUUACAAUGUAUGGCGGUACCGGAUAAGUUCCGUCACAUCUGUACAUUCUAUAGGUACUAUAGUGGUGAACUGAUAGCUCCCAUUUUAACCAUCUUCAUUGGUGGAAAUCAUGAAGCAUCAAAUUAUUUGCAAGAAUUAGCAUAUGGUGGAUGGGUUGCCCCAAAUAUAUACUAUCUUGGCUAUGCCGGAGUAGUAAGAUUUGGUGGUAUUAGAAUAGCUGGUAUAUCUGGAAUUUUUAAAGGGCAUGAUUACUUGAAAGGUCAUUUUGAAAGACCCCCCUAUACCAACAGCACCAUGAGAUCAGCCUAUCAUGUCCGUAGCCUUGAAGUAUUUCGACUAAAACAGAUAAAAGAAGGAAUAGACAUUUUCAUUUCACAUGAUUGGCCCCGUGGCAUCUAUAAUUAUGCUGACACAAGGGAACUUCUGCACUGGAAGCCAUUCUUUCGUGAUGAAAUCGCCAACAACAUUUUAGGAAGCCAGGCUGGCGAAAGUUUGCUUCAUGAGCUUAAACCAAAACAUUGGUUUGCAGCUCACCUUCACUGUAGGUUUGCAGCAACAGUGCAACAUAAUGAAACACAAUCAACCAAUUUCCUAGCUCUCGACAAAUGUCUCCCCAGGCGUCAGUAUCUUGAAUUAAUAGAAGUACCACAUGAUUCAAACCAAAGUUUGGAACUGUGUUAUGAUCCGCAUUGGUUGGCAAUUCUUCGAUCGACAAACCAUUUGCUAAGUGUUCGCCCUACUACCCAAUAUAUGCCUAGCGGAGGUCCUGGUUCUACAGAGAGAUGGGAGUUUUACCCAAGCCAAGAAGAAAUAGAAGAAAUCAAAACGAUCUUUAACAACGAUUACAAAAUUCCGUCAAAUUUUGUGCAGACAGCGGAGCCAUUCAAACCAAGACCCAACUACAACAGGAAUGCACGACAGGCUGAAGCACAGUUGAAUCCCCAAACAACAGAUUUUUGCGAAAAACUUGGCAUCGACGAUCCGUUGGAAAAGUUAAUUGGGAAACCCAUUAUUCUUUCCGCACCUGUCAUUAACCCAGACGAAAUAGCACUAGAAGAUGAUGAUGAAGAAGAACAGCUUGGUGAUCAGCCUGAAGAGCAAGCAUGCCAUGAAAACAACGAUGUCUUCUUUGUUGACACCAAACCACAGAAAAGAAGUAAAAUGAGUUUACCACAACCUCAGAAUGAAACGCUCGAUGAGGAGCCUUUACUCAAGGAAAAGGAAGAAGUGACUGAAACGACAACUUUAAACAAAUCAAACAUGAGUUUAAAUGAAAAUAGGCGAUGGGUGAAUCAUUACGCAGGCCCAGAUACUUCCAUCAGUGUGAUUUGUGAUCAGUUUUCAAAAUAUGAAGGAGGAAAAGUAGAAUUGACUAAAGAUGAUCAGAGUGGAGUUGCUGUUAUCAAAAUCAAUCAUCCAGAAAGACGCAAUGCUCUUAGUGGUAGUAUGAUGGUUAACCUCUGGAAUGCUGUGAAUGAAUUAGAGGAAUGGAAAAGUGGCAAAGGAAUAAUUUUGCAUUCAGUUGGAGAAACAUUUUGUUCUGGGGGAGAUUUAAAUACCGUUCGCCAAAUUUCCAAUCCCGACGAAGGGUACAAAAUGUCCACGUUAAUGCACAAUACUCUUACACGCCUUCAUCAACUGCCUUUAAUAUCGGUGGCCCUGAUUCAAGGCAAAGCUCUCGGUGGGGGAGCAGAACUAGCAACAGCUUGUGACUUUCGCUUAUUCACAGAAAAAGGCGAAAUCGGUUUUGUUCAAGGUCGAAUGGGUGUCGUCACUGGAUGGGGAGGUGGUACUCGCUUAGUCCAACUGUUGGGUCAGCAUCGAGCACUUGAACUGCUUCUUACCUCACGUCAAAUAGCUGCACCGGAAGCAGUAGCCUUGGGUCUCGCCAAUGGCAUCACAAAGUCAAACGAAUUAACCGAAGCUGUAGAAGAGGCAAAACAGUGGUUGCAGCCCAAACUUUGUCACGCACCACAAAUCGUACACGCAUUGAAAUACAUCGUAGCCACAGCUCGUGCAGUGCCUUAUGAAGAGUCACUACUAAACGAGCGACAAGUUUUCGCAAUGCUGUGGGGCGGGGAUGCGAACAAGAAAGCUUUAGAACAGAAUAUCAAACACAAAUAAUAUAGUCUAACUUAACUCGCGAUGUACAUUUCUAUGUGUUUUCAGUGCGGCCCUCUUGCCCACAGUAGAAUUGCUAUUAUUAUGAAAUAAACACUGAAAAAUUCGUUUAA